CCGCCUUCCGGUGUGUCCCGGAAGCAGGAAGCGCAGAGCUUCCGGUUGGGUGCUGAUGGCGGGGCUGGGGCGCACGGUGGGGAUCUUCGGCGGCUUCUUGGCUGUGCUGGGUGCGGUGUUUUACCCCAUCUACUUCCGACCGCUCCUGCUGCCGGAGGAGUACAAGAAAGAACAGUCCAUAAACAGAGCUGGUAUUGUUCAAGAGGAUAUUCAGCCUCCAGGCCUAAAAGUGUGGUCUGAUCCAUUUGGAAGAAAGUAAUGGUGGUGGCUGGUUGUAUUGCAAGGCAAAACUGAAGAUGGACAUCUUCAGCUGCUUCUUCUUUCACUGAAGGAUGUCUCUGGAGAAGAAUUCUGAAUAUGCGGUGUGGGCACAGGAGGAGCUACAAACACUCCUGCUUGGAAUCCCAAGAAAUAAAAACGUACUACUUGUGAGUGAGGGGCAUAUUACACAGACUUUUGAGAGCUGAAUGAUUCUUUAAUUUAAAAGUGAAAUAUUUAUUUCCUUGAGAAAGGGGAAGAGAAAUUAUUUUUGUUGUUUAGCUCUAAACACUUGUGGAAUAAAUUAUGCAUAGAAUUAACCAUGCAGACCCCUGCAGUUUCUUCCACAGUUUGAGAAUUACUUUUUGUGAAAUCACAUGAAAAUGUGAUGGUGCAGAUCAGUGCAGAAAAUAUAACACUGUGUGUGUAAAUGUGUACAUUAAAAUUUCUUCAUUUUAAA